GGUCCAUCUCAUCCAUGGCCUCCAAAGCAGCCCACAAGCGUCUCUCGAAAGAGUAUGUCGCGAUGCAGAAGGAACCUCCUCCCUUUGUCUGGGCGGCUCCGGAGGAGAAGAACAUUUUGAACUGGCAUUACAUUAUCCGAGGGCCGCCAGACUCACCCUUUGCUGGCGGAGAGUAUCACGGAAUGCUCAUGUUUCCCUCGGAAUACCCCUUCAAGCCGCCAGGUAUUAAGAUGUUGACGCCGUCUGGGCGCUUCCAGCCAGAUAAGAAGAUCUGCUUUUCAAUGUCAGACUUCCAUCCGGGAACGUGGAAUCCCGCCUGGAGUGUGGCCACAAUCUUGACCGGUUUACUCUCGUUCAUGCUCUCCGAUGACAUCACCACUGGAUCUGUCUCGUCCUCUGAUAAUGAUAAGCGGAUACUGGCGGGACGUUCGCAUGCCUGGAACCUUACCCAGAAGCGGUUCAAGGAGCAGUUUCCAGACUUUUGCACGCCUACCGCGAAAGAUUUGCCAAACAUGGGGCAGCAGGCUGCCAAAUCCGACUCGAAGAGCGACGACACACCUUCGACGGAUGUCAAGUCGGUCCAGACACCGCCGUCUGCUCCGUCGUUGCAGGCUGGUGACCAGUCAACGGUGUCUUCGUCACUGAAAGGCCGAGUAACGGAAGCGCAUGCCAGAGCCGCCGCUAUGAACGUAAGACAGCCAGCCGCAGGUGCGAGCAGCGAUCGAAGAACUGACGCUGCGCCGAAAGCCGUAGCCGCACACGGGUGGGCGCAAGUUGUCUGGGAGCGCUGGCGUUGGGCAUUGUUCCUGUUCUUCGCCCUUGUAGUGUCACGGCUGUCGUCUGCACCAUGAUUGUUCUUGGGCGUGCCAGUUACUCUGGCUCGCUUUCUCAUCUUGCGUCCGAUUAUCGCUCUCUAAAGCAACAACAACGUUCUUUAUCUCCUUAACGUGUGUACUGCUUCUGUACUCUACUAUACAUAUUCCUAUCCUAUAUCUAAUGUCCAUGAUCAUUUCGGUCGUUAUAUACGAACAUUUUUCCAUAGAUGGCGAAGCGGUCGAUAUGUCGCUGUCAGCAACGGUUCAACGACUGUCCAAAUCUCCCGUUGUACCGCCUCGCGUUCACGUCCAGCAUCGAUCGUUACCCAGGCGCGAGCGCCAUCCGCGGUGUUCAGCGACUGCAUAUCUUCCCCGAUUCGCUUGAAAACUGUCCUUACACGCGCCUGCAUCUCCUCCUUCUCGUACCGUUCUUCGCCGUAUCCGCCGCGCUGUCUGGCCGCCUCGGGGAAGAUAUCGAGGAAGAGCGUGAGAUCUGGGGCGGGGAGGGAUAUGUCCGGCGCUCGACACCAUUCGUACGGAAGACCCUUGGAAGCUGAGAAGGCUAUACCGGAGAACGCGUAGCGAUCGCAUAUUAUGUGUGUUCCGGACGCGAGCGUGGCUUCAAUUGUCGAGGAGAGCUCCCAGCGAUUAGCAGAGAAAAGCAGGUGGAUGGCGCGGUCGUCCAGCUCCGAUUGCGAACGCAAGUAAGCAUCGAUCAUCUUUCCGAUGGGCGUAGUACGAUC